UGUAAACAUUCGCUGUACCCCAGAUCUAGAGAUAACUAUGAUAUAAGUAACAAACUAACCUCGGUAUGUAUACAAACAACAUGACGGACAAGAAGGACUACUGUCCGGUCGUGUCCACGCUCAGUACCUACAAGAUCUUCCUCAUCGGGGAACAACUCAGAUCGUGCAUGAAUGGAGUGGGACUGAUUAGAGACCGGAAAUACAGACUUCGGAGCUACAAGUCUUGUUUCCAGGGUAACGAGACAGUUGAUUGGUUGGUCCGGAGCAGAAGAUGUGACGAUCGUGUCUCCGCCGUACGGAUAAUGCGGACCUUACAGAAAUGGGCUUUUUUCCAUCACGUUUGCGAUGACCACAAAUUUAAAGAUGAAAUGCUCUUUUAUCGAUUUCGCCGUGAUGAUAACACAAUAGAAUCUCACAAAGAUCUCCUGCUCUUCUACAAAGUCCUUGAUAUAUAUCACUCGAUAAAUUUCUCAAAGAAAGGUAUUUUACGGAGCUACCAGGUGCGGGACCAGGUGUUUGACCGCGCCUUUAUGGGAUCCGCCUUCGUGGACUGGUUGGUGAAUACUGGAAUGGUAAACACAAAGGAACAGGCUAUAAUCACGGGGAGACAACUCCUGGAGAACGACAUCAUCAGGCAUGUGACAGAUGACCACCAUUUCCGGAAUGAUAAUUUGUUGUUAUAUCAGUUCAACCUGGAUCUGGAUCAGCGGCGCCGGAUGUCCGACGUCCUCAUUCUAGACGAGAGGCGCCGGAUGUCGAACGAAUCACGGUCCUCCACGGAGUCUCAGGAUACCCCAACCCGAUUUCUAGAGUCACGUGAUUUCUCCGUCCCAAAUGAAAACGAAUGUACAGAAAACAAUUCGGAAACAGAAGAAUCUUCGAACGCGUCCUCGAUGCAGCCGAGAUCCGUGCUAUUGAGGUAUGAAACAGCUGACGAACUGGAAUCUCCUGAUACACCUUAUGUUAAAUCCUGUCUCAGAAUUUUUAGUGACUCUGUAGGUUACGGGUUCGUCAUACGGGGUAUAGGGCCCACGUACGUACAGACUGUGGAUCCCGAGGGACCAGCCGCAGACGCAGGGCUCAAGGUGCGACAAUACAUCUACUCUGUUAACGGUGUGAAUGUUCUCCGUGAGGACCACCAUUCUGUUGCCAAGAGAAUCAUAGAGAGUGGGCGGGACUACAUCAACAUGUGUGUCAUGUCCCACAAACGGGACAACAAGGAUAAAUGAUCUAGUCCUGGUGAUAGAAACAGACACAGCUGAUGCUUAUAGAGGGAGCAGGGAGUGGUACAUGUAUAUUCCACACAAUCAAAGAAGUGACAGAUUGGUCAGACACUCUUCUUCAAUACCUGCAUCAUGAACAUCAACAGGGAAUUCGAAGACUUCAUAAAUCUAUAAUAAUAAUAAAGCUCUAAACCUCAUAUAAACUUAACUAAUCCAAACAAAACGUAAUGCUCAAUACAAUAAAGAUGGGUCAACUGAUGAUAUAAAUGGACAUAUUGUGAAAUAUGUUGAUGACAAUUAUGCUGUUGUCAAAAUGAACAAACAUGAAGGUCCCUUUUUGUGACAUGCUGUACAUUUGUC